AUGCAAACGCUCGGACCAAAGAAAUCCGCCGAAGAGCAGCCCAGGCAGGAGUACGGGACUCUAAAGAGCGAGUCCAAGACAGCCCGGCGAGCACCACACGAAGCCGUGCCCUUGCGACAUCAGACCGUCACCAAACGACGAAGAGGAAUGCGGCCAGGAAGAGGCUAUGGAGACACGGCAAUAAUGACCCAAACGGGCCUCACCAUCCUCCAAGCCAACGUGAACCACUCGGCCAGAGCACAAGAUCUCCUGACCCAAGCUCUGACCGAGUGGAACGCAGGAUUAGCGGUGGUUUCAGAACCGCACCGGGUCCCAGACAAUACAAACUGGGCUGGGGACAGCACUGCAUCCGUAGCAAUCCUGCGAGGAACUACUACAAACACUCCCCCUCUAAGAGUCAUUGAACGGAGUCGCGGUUUCGUAUCCGUGUCUUGGGGCCGGAUAAUAGUUGUGGGGAUUUACACCCCUCCAAGCUCGCCGAUGCCCGUGCACGAGAAGUUCCUAGAAACUCUCGGAAGACACCUAGCCCACUUCCCCUCGCACCCCACCUUGGUUCUCGGCGAUUUCAACGCCAAGAGCACACUGUGGAGCUCACCUAGGACAGACGCUAGGGGAAACGCGGUGACACAGUGGGCUGCCGGGCUUGACCUCCGGCUUCUUAACACCGGUCACACCAGCACAUGCAUCCGAUGGCAGGGAGAAUCCAUCGUCGACCUGUCGUGGGCCUCUCCAGAGGCGAUAAAACAUAUAACAGGUUGGAAGGUGAUGGACAACACUGAGACACUCAGUGACCACCUCUAUAUUAAGAUCCGCCUUUCGCAGCUUCACCACAGCGGAUGCUCACAGCAACUCCUCGCAAACUCAGGCCCCAGCCGCGCGAAAGUUGUUUGGACAGUUUCCAAGGACAGCCAAGUGGGUCCUCAAAAAGCUUAA